AUGUACAACGAAUAUGAACACCUUUGUCACAAGUUAAUUAUAAUGACCAGUAGUGGAGAAGGUGAAGAAAGUAUUCCCACAGAUUCUAAUAAUGAUAGCCAGAUUACUGAAGUCAAUUACAAGUCUAUGGUUGUAUCUACAAGUCCUAUGAGAACUAGUGAAGAAGAAGAUUUCACAAAAUGUCAAAACAGUUGUAAGCGUUCCAAUGAAAAUUUGCAUGAGCCUCAAAAUUUGCGUAUAUCAUCUGAAAACAAUAAAAAUAAUAUUCCUUCGUGUACAAAUUUAAUUACAUCUGGGCUGGAUUUGAAUCUGUCUACUGAUCAACCGUUUUCACAUUGGCGAAGAAUGAAGAAAUUGUGUACAACAAAUAUAAUUCGUAAAGAAAUUGAUAGUGCAACCAUUACUGGUACUCCUGUAUGUCAGACAACUUCAACAGACAAUCCUGAUAAUGCUACCACUAUUACAGCUUCUAGUAUCACUACUAAUUGUGAAGUGAAUUCAGUACUUCCCAGCUCUACAAACACUGUCAAUACUACUUGUCAUAAUACUUGCUAUGACAGUUCAGAGAUAUCUGGCUUUAAUCUAUCAUCAAAAAGUAGUAGGAUAUAUCAAAAUUUCUCUAAUCCAACCUCUUCAAUUGUUCCAUUGGCUAACAAUUCUCUCUUGUUAGAACCAACGAGAUUUAAUUCAUUAAACUCUACUGGAACUUCUAUAACAGCUACACUGACAACAAUGAAUAUGCAACAGAGAUUUAAAAAAGGGGAUGUUGUUAAAACACCGAAUGGUGUAAGAAAAAAGUUUAAUGGUAAACAAUGGCGUCGUUUGUGUAGUCGAGAAGGUUGUACUAAAGAAUCUCAACGACGUGGAUUUUGUUCUCGUCAUUUAUCAAUGAAGGGAAAAGAAAUGCGUGUAAUGGGUUAUGCUGCUGCUGUAGCUGCUUUAAACUCUUCAGGGGAUAGUAAAUAUACUGGAUCAUGUACAUCUAAAGAAUCUGGAUCAAAUCGUAAUAAGUUACAUUCUUUAACAUCGCCAUCUUCUUCGUUAUUUAUUUCACCUUCAAUUUUUUCACCAUACAAACUAACUCCUUACUUACCGUCAUCUGUUAUAUCAUCGUCAACAACAACAAACACAGUUGAUACUGCCUUAUUCACAUCCAAUUCUUCUGUGACACUGACCUCAGUUACGGGAGUAUUUUGUCCCAACAGCCGACAUUUCCUCUCCCAUUAG